GAGAUAUCUGCGCUUUGCACGGCUGUGGGUGGGAGGGGUUCAAUGUGACAGAACUAAAUGUCAGCAGCGUGACAUAUUUGAUCUCGAAGAAAAUUUCUCCUGGCAUGCCGGAAUAUUUCACCCAAACGGAGCGUGUAUUUGCAAUCGGCACAUCUUUGUGCUUCCGGGCAGCCCGUUAACCGCGAGUGACUGAUGCUCCGUGCCGGCAGGAUGGAGGAGUUUGUAACGGAGGAGGAUGAGCCAUGGUACGACCAGAGAGACCUGGAGCAAGAUCUGCACUUGGCCGCUGAGCUGGGUAAAACCCUCCUGGAGCGCAAUAAGGAGCUGGAAGACUCGCUGCAGCAGAUGUAUAUCAACAAUGAAGAGCAGGUGCAGGAGAUCGAGUACUUGACCAAGCAGAUGGAGAUGUUACGUGACAUGAACGAGCAGCACGCUAAAGUGUACGAGCAGUUGGACGUGACGGCGCGUGAGCUGGAGAUAACCAAUGAGAAACUGGUGCUGGAGAGCAAAGGGUCUCAACAGAAGAUUGAAAGAUUGACAAGUACUAUGGAGAUGCUGCAGGGUCAGGUGGAUACGCUCACUGCUCGUGUGGAGGAACUGCGUACACUGGAAGAGCUCAGGGUUCGCAGAGAGAAGAAGGAGAGGAGAACGACUGUGCACUCUUUCCCCUGCCUCAAAGAACUCUGCACCGCUCCCAGGUAUGAAGAUGGUUUCAAGGUGUCUUACCCAGGCAGUGGUGACCUAGAGGAAUGUCAGCCAGUGGACGAAGAGAACGAGCACUUGCGUGUGAUGGUGACGUCUUUGCGCGCAGCUGUGGCAGCUGAACGCAGUCGGCGUGAGGCCGCUGAGCGGGAAUGUGCUGCGGUGCUACAGGAGUUUGAGCGCCUGGAACAGCGUCUAAUGGGUGCCGAGAAUUGUCAGCGGCGUGUGUAUGAGCUGGAGGCGGAGCUCCUGGAGAUGCAGCUGCUACGCAAGUCUCGCGCAUGCCUGCUGAGUGGCGAAGAAGGUUUUGAGCAAACACUUCUCAACAACGCCCCAGAAACAGACACGCCAGAUGACGCCAUUAUGACGGGAAUGCAGAAUGGGGAUGCAACUGAUUCCAGCGGUCCGGUGCCAGUCCGGAAGAGCUGCAGUGAUACUGCUCUGAACGCCAUUUCUGCUGUUGAUGCCUCAGGUAGACGUAAAGGCAGCUACGCAAUUCACGCCAAUGGCGUACGUAAGAGGGGUAUGUCCAUUCUACGGGAGGUGGACGAGCAGUACCACGCCCUUCUGGAGAAGUAUGAGGAGCUGCUAGGGAAGUGUAGACGCCAUGAGGAGAGUCUACGCCAUGCUGAGGUGCAAACUUCACGACCUGUAUCUAGGGACCCAUCCAUGAAGGAAUGCCGGGCCAUGGAGCCCCAGCAACCACCCACUCCACCCAAGACACCCUCAACUCCAGAGGCCCUGGAGGGCAUCAGCCGACAGGUGGAGGCUGUGGACAAGAGGCUGAGCCAGAACACUCCUGAGUACAAGGCCCUCUUCAAGGAGAUCUUUUCUCGCUUGCAGAGGACCAAGAGCGACAUAACCACCACAAAAGGAAGGAAAAGUGGAAAAUAGCCCAUUUGGGUCACGACGUUCACCCAAAAAUGAAAGAUCGUUCAUUGUUUACUACCCUUAGGUUGUUCCAAACCUGCAUGCUGUUAAUUUUUUUUCUAGAGUACACAAACAAUUUUUUUUGUUGAAGAAACUUUACUUGACUCUUGCCAUGCAACGAUAGGUCAUAGUGACCAAGGACUGUCAAGCUCCAACUAGGAAAAAAAAAAAACACCAUAAAAGUAAUCCAUAUGACUUGUGCACUACGUUGUAAUUCUACUAAAACGAUAUGAUUGAUUUGCUUGUGAAUAUGCCUCAGAAGUCAUAUGGACUACUUUUAAGGUGCUUUUUUAUUGUUGUGUUGGAGCUUGACAUACAUGUUCAUGUUAACUGCUGUUAUGUGGAAAUGAACUGCAGUAAGAAUAUUCAUGAAUUUCUCAGUUUAUUUCAAUGAAAAAAUUAUAGCAUAUGGGUUUGGAAUGAGCCAAGAGUGCGUAAAUGUCAGAAUUUUCAUUUGGUUGAACUAUUGCUUAAACAUAGCACCUGAUUAUUUCCCUCUGCUCAUUUAUGGAAUGUCUUAAUUCAUUCUUUAAGGUGACAUGAUACUCUGUAAAGUAGCAACUUCCUGUUAAUCGAUUGGAAUAGCUGUUAUUUAGUUCAAAUGUUUCCCAAAUGGUGUGUUGCCACAUAUCAAGAGACAAAUGUUGACUUAGUCUGUUAAAAGGAAGUUGCCUAGUAUCUAAUGUGCUUCUCCAGGGUUGAACUUUUAGGAAACAUAUACUUACUAUAGGUUUGACAGUAACCAUAUUCACCCCAAGGAUACCUGUGAUGCUUAUCAUUGCUCAUUUACGUUCUCAUGUUCUUAUCACGUGUAUUACAGUAUCAUGAAUAAUCAAAGCGUUGUGUAAACACUUUUGUUCAAUAUUAAAUGACA